AUGUCCUCGGCCGUAGCGGAGCUGGAGAACUAUCUCCAGUCGAUGCUGGCCCUCAAGCCGCCAGGCGUAUCUGGUUCCAAGAUUCACAGUAUCACGACGCUUUGCACCGCGAACGUCCAGAACGAAUCGGUCCUCAUUCAAAAGAUCUACACGCAUUUCAAGAAGGCACCGGGUACGCACAAGCUUGGCGUGCUCUAUGUCGUAGACUCUGUAACCCGUCAGUGGGUAGAAGCUGCACGCAAGGCCGGCCAGCCUCCUGGCAAUUCGGCGCCCGAUGGUACCUUCGCCGCUGGAGUCAACCGUGUGACUGAACUCUUACCUGUGCUUAUGACCGAUAUCAUCAACAACGCACCUCACGAUCAAAAGGAAAAGAUCAAGAAGCUGAUCGAUAUCUGGGAGCGUGGAUACACCUUCCCCGCCCCGAUGCUCGCCUCGUUCCGCGACAAGAUCAAUACGCCGCAAGUUGAGUCUACUACACCCGAGGGAUCUCCCACGCCCGGCUUCAAUCCUCUGGGUGGUCCGACUACGUCGCAGCCUCAGUCGCAGCCUGCCAAUGGAGGUGCUCCCGCGACCGAUACCUCGAGUAUCCUGAAGGCGCUGGCCGACAUGGCCAAGCAGAACACCGCUGCCCCUGCAGCUCCUGCGGCGUCCGCUCCGACCAAUCCUCUCGCUGCCCUGAACCCCACUGUUGCGGCUCCCCAGCCCCAGCCAGCCGUCGAUCCGUCCGCCAAUCCUUACGGCGCUGCCGCUGCCAUGAACCCGUUUGCUGCCCUCGGCGGCGUUGGUCAGAACCCUGCGAUGCCCCAAAGCCAGAGCCAAACCCCCAACCCGCUCUCUUCAGCUCAGAACCCUCUGGCCGCGAUGCUCCCUCAGACAGGUGCCACUCCUCCUAUGACGAAUGAAAAUUGGUCUCAGCAGAUCCAGCUCAUCCAGUUGCUGGCUGCACAGGGUAUUCCCCAGGAACAGUGGGGCACUGCUCUUUCGAUCAUCAACAUGACCAAUGGUAUGCCUGGUGGAACUGGCGGUGCCAUGCCCCAAAUGCCUGGAUUCCCCGGUAUGCCCGGUAUGGCCCCCAUGCCUGGCCAGGGCGCUGGUGGCUGGGGUCACGGAGACGCCCAGAGUCGCGACGACCGUGAUAGAGUUCGUGACUACAAUCGCUCCCCUGGAGGUUACCGCCGUCGUUCUCGUUCCCCCGGUUGGGGUCGUCGUACUGCAUCCCCCCUCGCCGACGUAACAGCCCUGUGUAUGAUGAGUAUCAUGCUGAUUCGCCCGGCCGUCGAGGAGAUCCUCGUGACGGCCGUGGUGGCCGUCGCAACGAGUAUCCGCAAGGACCCUAAUCUCCCGCCUCCUGGACCUAAGCUUCUCGAAUGGGAUUACUCAAUUGGCCAAGGAAACAUCAAGGUCCUCAGUCGUACCCUUUUCGUUGGCGGUGUUACUAUCCCCGAGGUGCAGCUGCGUGCCCUCUUUAACCGGUUCGGUAUCGUACAGACCUGCAUUGUCAACAUCGAUAAGCGUCACGCUUUCAUCAAGAUGAUCACUCGCCAGGACGCGAUUUCCGCCCGCGACGGCAUGGAGUCUUACCGCCAGGGGGACAUGCAACUGCGAACGCGCUGGGGUGUUGGCUUUGGUCCCCGUGACUGCAGCGAUUAUCAAACCGGUAUCAGUGUCAUUCCCAUCGAACGUCUCACCGAGGCAGACCGUAAAUGGAUGUUGAAUGCCGAGUACGGUGGUACUGGCGGUCGCCAGAUCGAGCCCGGUAUGGUUGUUGAAGAGCCCGAUAUCGAAAUCGGUGCUGGUGUUUCUUCCAAGGCGAUUUCUCGCCGCAUCGCAACUGACACCGGUGGCAAGCGCGGUCCUGUUUCUUCUCGUACCCAGUCUGAUCGCUUCGGAGGUAACGGAGGUAAUGGAGGAGGAGGAGGUGGUGGUGGUGGCGGCGGCCGUCGCCAGGACCGUGAUGGUUAUGGAGGCCACCAUGGUGGCCCUGAUCACGAUACGUCUAGUGCAAACAACCCCGCUGUUGCUCCCGCUGUUCCUUCGUAUGGCUUUAACUUUGCAAGCAUGCCCAUGCUGCCUCCUGGUUUUAUGAUGGGUGGUGCCCAGGCCGGUGGAAUGCCCACCACUCAGCCUCCUUCGGGACCUGGCAACUAA